UUCAAUAAAAGACUCUUGCCUGCCCAAGAUGGCAGUUUACUUUAAUUGCAUGUGAUACGUUCAUUGCAAGAGACGAAUAAGAUGGCCUGAUUCUGAAUAAAACUGUUGAGACAUGUUAUCAAGUUCAACAAAUUUCGCCCGUGAUGUUUUAUGAGAUGACGUGAGUGCCAAUUCAGCGGAAUAAAACAAGCCUACGACAAGAUAUCAGGAAAGAAUGUUAACACAACGAAAAUCUCAUCACUGGCCAAGGCAUAUAGCACAGCAGGUGAGAUCUGUCUGUUAUCUUACAGUCGUUACUGUGUUCAUUAGCGUUCCAAGUAUUGGUGGGUAUUAACAUCACGUUUUACUGGCGAAUUGUUGAUUAAACGGGAAGCACUCCUUAGUAGAACUGCGUUUCAAACGUUUUCAAAUCGUCUCGACAAUACGAGAAGAUGAAAGCCAAGAAUGUUUACCAGUAUUGUCUGGUUCUGUGUGGAUUGUUCUUGGCACUCUGUGGAAUUGCAUGUCUGGUCGUCGCUACUUUGAUUAAUCAUGAUCCUGACUUAAAAUUAAGUCGUGAAUCUAAAAGCAGAACGUACGCCACUCAAUAUUGGCUUGGAUUGCCUAUAAUAGCGUUUGGUGGAUUUGUGAUGCUUACUUCACCCUCACUGCAUAGAAAAAAGAAAAUGGCCGUUUUAAAUCUAUCCAUGAGUAUUCCACUCCUCACAUGUGCUUUGGUUGCUGUAAUUCUUCAUGGAACAGCAUACACACACUUUGUUUCAAAAUACCAAGAGCGUUUGUCCCUGGAAGAUGAAAACUACGAAUGCGAAGACGUACCGUCACAAACCAUAGCAUGUCAUUGUACUAAAAAACGAAACUUUAAUUUUGAUAGCAGCACUAAAGAAUUUUACGUGUCAUGCUCUCAGCAGAAACCACUGGUUGAUUUACAUGGAGCGUUACUAGCAUUUUGUUCCGUUGCAUUCGCAUUGCUUCACGGGAUACUUGUCAUAUCUGUGAUCUUCCUACUGCAUUGUUUUGAACUUGAGCCUGCAAUUGCUACCACCUCACCCGGGCAAGAUAAUGGAGGAUUCUCUCAUGCCAGUAGUCGUCAGCAUGACAGUGACGUAAACGUUGAUACUUCUGUAUCCCAACAUCCGUCACUAAUAUCCCUAAAUAUCCCACCAGAACAUCCACCUUCUUACGAAUCCUUACUACCAUAUUCAUCAUUUCAUAUGGCGCCUUAUGAUAUGACGUCACAUAUAGUGACAUACGACGUCACUAAUAGAGGAAACAGGGAAACAACGGUAAAUAGAAAUGCGAGAGUACGUCAUGUAGGACAAACGAGUUCAAGAUUCAAUAAUUACACUCCAGAACAAGCGGAGCAAAGGUUGAGUUCAACAAACGAAGUUCCAGGUUCAAAUGAACAUGAAAACAUAGAAACACAAGCGGCAGUAAACGAGGAAGGAAGAACUAGAAAUAUGCAGGUGUCAGAUGAUCACAGUCGUACGAUUCAAGAAAAUAUUGAAAGACAGCAAGCGAUGUCAAAUCAUCGAAAUACAAGAACAGAUGAAAGUCCUGAACCUUUGGAGACAAGAUCUAGAAAUACGCGUCCCUAUGAAACUUCAGACGAACCUGUCUUCCAAGAGGAAAGUAAUUCAGAAGAGAUGCUUGAAAUAAGAAAUUCAUCUGGUCAAGGUACUACUCCUCCUAGUCAAGAACCAUCAAUUGAGCAUACAAACGAGAUGGUUACUCAUGAAGGAAGCAACCCACCACCUCUACAUUCUAAUGUUGGACCUAAUUACCCAUUUAUUGAACAGGCUGAAGAGAUCAUUCCCGCCCCUCAAAGAAGUGAUUCUCAAUUGUCACAACAUGCGCAAUUAGAAUCGACAAUUUCCUCAGGUUCGGAGAAUGGCGUGUAUUUUGAUGUAACUCAAAACCCACGACACAACUCGAAUUCUGCUGGUGCUACUAGGCGUAUCUCGGUGAGAUAUCGAGGACACUCUGAAGAUCGUGAUCCAACGACCAAUUCUCUCAACAUAAAUGAGCAAUCUCUAGAUUCGUCAAUUCUAAACGGUGUUUCACCACCUGAGGUUACGAACACAGACGUCGUAGCCACGGAGAAUAUUACUGGGUCUGAGGUAGCUGAAAACGAGAUGGUGCCAGCACAAGUGAACCUGUCUAUGUCAUUAGAAGGCAGUGAUUUUCAUCCUCAAAAUUUUGACACUCACUCCAUUAACAGUCUCGAAAUAAUGUCAAUUUAGUUAAAUGCUGCAGUAUUAAUAGUUGAUACUAUUGGAAAUACUGCAUUUUAAUUGCCUAUACCUCUCACUAUCCGUCAACCUUUAGAGCAAGCUGUGAAAAAUUGAAACUUUUUCUAGUUUUUAUAUGGACAUAUAUAAUCAAAACGUUGGCAAACAUUUUUUUCGCCUAAUUUUUUAGUAAAACUAUACUCUAUAUGAUACUAAUAAAACUAUACUCUAUAUGAUACUAAUGGAAAUAUCUGUUGAUGGGGGUGCUUUCAUAGAAGUGGCCUUAUCAACUGUGACCUCAAGUUUAUAAUCUGAAUUGUAAAAUAGAAUACCUUUAUUUAAAUAUAUACUAGAUAUUAUAUUCACACGUAUAGUUAUCUUUAGGCCCAUUUACACUAUGCAAUUUGUGGUAUACCAACACAAGUACAAACAUGACAUUUUAAAUUCCACCCUGAACAAUAUCAAUGGAGAUUGUGGCACAG